CCUUUCGGAUGUCACACCUAAUUUGGAUGUGCGUGCUGCGUUUCUACUUCGUGUUGCCAGAAAAUGGACUCCUUCUAGGACCAAAUCUGAAUUAGUAUUGAUGGACGAAGAGGGUACAUUUAUCCAAGCCACAAUUCCGCUCCAGUUGAUUCCGCAGCUUGAAGAUAAAUUCGAAGAAGGAAAAUUGUAUGCAAUAAAGAACUUUGAAGUAAAAGAAAAUCAGGGCAAUUGGAGGCCAACUCCCCAUCCAUAUCGUUUGUUCUUCACAGAUAAUACAAAAAUCGCUUACCAAGAAGAUAAGAAGCAUGACUACUUCAGGAAAAGCGUCUAUAAAAUCACAGAGUUUUCUGAUAUUAUUAAUGGCCCCGAUGUAGUGGGUGCUAAUUUGUUGG